CAGCACUAUGCUCCAGGAUGGUAUGUAGCGGAAAUGCACCUCAACGUUGGAUGCUACCAUUAAAUAGAAAGAAGAAGAAGAAGAACAGGAAGCAGCGCGUGACAUUAGCUUCAUAUACAUCAUGGAUAGGCCACAGUCCCUGCUCAUUCGCAGUUGAAGUGUUUACAGAUCUAUGACGUUUUCUGGUGCACGCUCCUGAACCAGAAGUGCAGUUUGUGUUCCAUUCUCUGCAUCGUAUGCGGCGAAUGUAAUUUAUGAAGUCAUUCGAACAAUUUAACGGGUUGUGUUUAAUGCCAGGCAUUAGUCUCUAUUUAAGUAGACAUAGUUUGCGGGAGAAACCAGAGUGUUUGUCUUUCGGACAAUAAAGCUAUCUUAACUGUGGCAUUCUUGUUUUGCUUGGCUGCUGUUGACAAGUCUAAAGUUCAUCAGUGCAGGCUGAAUUAAAAAAAUACACUGACUGAGAUUCAUUGGCAUCCUAUUUGAAAACAUUCCCUCACAGCUGUCUCAGUAAUGAACCAGGGAAAGCUUCAAGCCCAGACUGAAGAAUGGCAAGGUUUAGGCGCAAAUCUUGCAUCACAUUAAUUGCUUUGGUGUUGCUUGUACUCAUCAUAAUAGUGGUCUUGAAGGCACUGACACCAGAUGACUCUCCGGCCAGCGGCCCUGUAGCUGUUGGACUGAUUCUGGACAGAAAGAAGGACAUUCUGAUCCAGAGGCAAAACAACGAUAAACCUGACAAGAUCAAAAUUAAUGAUUCUUUUAAAUCAGACAAAGAUGCAGAACUGGAAGCUACACUGAAGAAGUUUCCUCCUCCAAACUACUACCUCCAUGCCUUCUACUAUGUAUGGUAUGGGAACCCCAAGUUUGAUGGGAAAUAUAUUCACUGGGACCACCUGCAGUUGCCACACUGGGACUCUAAAGUGGCUCAGGGGUAUCCACAAGGGAGACACAGCCCACCUGAUGACAUUGGGUCCAAUUUCUACCCCCUUUUAGGGGCUUACAGUUCCAAGGACCCCUCCAUUAUAGAAGCUCAUAUGCAGCAGCUACGUACAGCAGCUAUUGGUGUCAUUGCUGUUUCCUGGUAUCCCCCUAAUUUGAAGGAUGACAACGGUGAGCCAGUGGAUGACAUUGUACCUUUACUGCUGGAAGUGGCACAUAAAUACCAAAUUAAGGUAGCUUUUCACAUUGAACCAUACAGAGGAAGAGAUGAAGCCACCAUGUUCUCUAAUGUUAAGUUUAUCAUUGAGAAAUACGGAAGCCACCCUGCUUUCUUCAGGUACCAGACAAACACUGGCAAGCUGCUUCCACUCUUCUAUGUGUAUGACUCAUAUCUGAUGAACUUGGAGCAGUGGGCCAAGCUGCUAAAACACACAGAGAGUAAUAGCAUCAGGGAUACCCCGUAUGACGCCAUCUUCAUCGCCCUGCUGGUGGAAGAGAAACAUAAGAGGGACAUUGUGACAGCAGGAUUUGAUGGUGUCUAUACCUACUUUGCUACUAAUGGGUUCUCCUAUGGGUCCACUCAGCGCAACUGGGACUCUAUUAAAGCAUUCUGCGAAGAUAACAACUUGUUAUUCAUCCCAAGCGUGGGGCCAGGAUAUAUUGACACAAGUAUUCGACCCUGGAACUUCCAAAACACUCGAAACCGCAUCAAUGGCAGAUACUAUGAAACCUCGCUGACUGCUGCUUUAGAAGCCAGGCCUGAUUUUAUCUCUAUAACCUCCUUUAAUGAAUGGCACGAGGGGACUCAGAUUGAAAUGGCAAUUCCCAAAACAGGCCAGACUGCAUAUCUGGACUACUUGCCCAACAAACCUGCAAUCUACCUGGAGAUAACACGCAAAUGGGCUGCAAUAUUUGGUGGCGAGAGACGGAAGUGGCAGGAGUAGUCUAAGAAUCAUAGUGAAUCUUUAUUAUUUAUGAGAUGACAACUAAAUGAAGUUCUAGUUGCACAACAAAAUGCCAAUGAUGAAUAAUUGUGUUAGAAAAACCAAAUGACUUGCAAAACCACAGGCAAGUGAACUACUUCAUUACCUUUCUUUGCCUGUAGUGUAUGUUAUUCUUUACACUUGGGUAAAUUGUUUUUAAUUUCAUCUGAUGUCAUAUUACGUCUUGUUUACACAGAUUCAUAACCUAAUCAGCAUGUUUUAUUUUUGU